AAAUAAAAUAAAAUAAAAUUUAAAUUUCAAAAAGUUAAGAAAAAAAAGACCUGGCACUACUUCUAGGAUGCCCCAAAUUUAGGCAACUCUCACAGUCACUUGAAAGAGAAGUGGCAGCUGGGUAUAUGCCCUCCCAAGUGUCAUGCCCCUUGACAGUCCUGAUGGACCCUGCCCUGUGCAAGAUUGCAUCACCACCACCACCACCUCUCUGGGCUUCCCCAGACAUCACAGGAACACAUUCCCCACCCCAACCCCCCCGCUCUGGCCCUCCUCCACAUCAUGCUGCAGGCCAACUGGACUCUGGGCGGCCAGCACAGGCAGGGUCAGGGGGUGACUUCUGUGCCUCGUGGCACUGCCAUCUGGGCCUGAGCAAGAGGAUUCCAUUCUCCGACCCACCCAACCCCUCACCCCUGUCCCAACAUCAAUGCUAGAAAUAAAGAGACCAGAAUUUUCCUUCUGGCCUAAGGGCCCCAGAGAAAUACCCACUGGAGCUCACAGCUGCCUCAUGGAAACUGCUACAGCAGUGGUGAAGCUAGAAAGACUAGAGGUAUGAGGGAAAAUUGCCCUUCCCCACCUGGCUCAUAAGGCGUUCCCUCCCCCGAGUUCCAGACCUUGGGGACUGAGCAUGUGAAAUCAUCCUCUUUCUUGCAUCAUGCGUGUCCACAUUGCACCCCCCCACCCCCAUACCCCUACUUCAGGCCCAGUCACCAUGGCCAGAUGGUGAAACCUGAGCUGGUGGGGAGGAGGACCUCCACCCCCUGCAGGGGCCUGAUGGGCAGCACAGCUGGCCAAUCCUGGGACUCAGAGGGUAGGUCGGCUGGCUGACCACUAGGUUUGGAAGCCCCAGGCAGCUGGCUCUAAAGAGGCCCCAGGUCAGUAGCCAGACAUGAGCUGUGAGGGUCAAGCACAGCUAUCCAUCAGAUGAUCUACUUUCAGCCUUCCUGAGUCCCAGGCAAUAGAAGACAGGUGGCUCUACCCUUGGCCAAGGGUGGGUGUGGCAGUGGUGUCUGCUGUCACUGUGCCUUCAUUGGCCCCCAGCAAUCAGACUCAACAGACGGAGCAACUGCCAUCUGAGGCUCCCGAACCAGGGCCAUUCACCAGGAGCAUGGGGCUCCCUGUUGUCCAGCUCUGGCUGGUGCUGCUGUGGACACUGGUGCGAGCACAGGGGACAGGGUCUGUGUGUCCCUCCUGUGGGGACUCCAAACUGGCACCCCAAGCAGAACGAGCUCUGGUGCUGGAGCUAGCCAAGCAGCAAAUCCUGGAGGGGUUGCAUCUGACCAGUCGUCCCAGAAUAACUCAUCCUCCACCCCAGGCAGCGCUGACCAGAGCCCUCCGGAGACUACAGCCGGGGAGUGUGGCUCCAGGGAAUGGGGAGGAGGUCAUCAGCUUUGCUACUGUCACAGACUCCACUUCAGCCUACAGCUCCCUGCUUACCUUUCACCUGUCCACUCCUCGGUUCCAUCACCUGUACCAUGCCCGCCUGUGGCUGCACAUGCUCCCCACCCUUCCUGGCACUCUUUGCUUGAGGAUCUUCCGAUGGGGACCAAGGAGGAGGCACCAAAGGUCCCGCACCCUUUUGGCUGAGCACCACAUCACCAACCUGGGCUGGCAUGCCUUAACUCUGCCCUCUAGUGGCUUGAGGGGUGAGAAGUCUGGUGUCCUGAAACUGCAACUAGACUGCAGACCCCUAGAAGGCAACAACAGCACAGUUACUGGACAACCAAGGCGGCUCCUGGACACAGCAGGACACCAGCAGCCCUUCCUAGAGCUUAAGAUCCGAGCCAAUGAGCCUGGAGCAGGUCGGGCCAGGAGGAGGACCCCCACCUGUGAGCCUGCAACCCCCUUAUGUUGCAGGCGAGAUCAUUACGUAGACUUCCAGGAACUGGGAUGGCAAGACUGGAUACUGCAGCCCGAGGGGUACCAGCUGAAUUACUGCAGUGGGCAGUGCCCUCCCCACCUGGCUGGCAGCCCAGGCAUUGCUGCCUCUUUCCAUUCUGCCGUCUUCAGCCUCCUCAAAGCCAACAAUCCUUGGCCUGCCAGUACCUCCUGCUGUGUCCCUACUGCCCGAAGGCCCCUUUCUCUCCUCUACCUGGAUCAUAAUGGCAAUGUGGUCAAGACGGAUGUGCCAGAUAUGGUGGUGGAGGCCUGUGGCUGCAGCUAGCAAGAGGACCUGGGGCUUUGGAGUGAAGAGACCAAGAUGAAGUUUCCCAGGCACAGGGCAUCUGCGGCUGGAGGCAUCAGAUUCCUGAUCCACACCCCAACCCAACAACCACCUGGCAAUAUGACUCACUUGACCCCUAUGGAACCCAAAUGGGCACUUUCUUGUCUGAGACUCUGGCUUGUUCCAGGUUGGCUGAUGUGUUGGCAGAUGGGUAAAGCAUUUGUUCUAAA